UCGGUAUGGUAAGAUUGGUUAAGGUGAUAAAACUACUUGCGCACCGAUCGCGCAGUCUUGAUGCGGUACUUGCGAGCGGCUGUGUGUUGCCCCGUACGUCGCCACAUUGGAUAAUGCUUUGUUUAUAAACGUAGUAACUCAACAUGGUGCUGUGUCCUCCCUUCAAGUGGUCGACGACGAAACGCGGUUUCGACCUCAAUAGAACACCAUCGGCCCCUGAAAAUGCACAACCGAGGCAAACUAUAAUUUUAAAAGACGACUUCGUAGACCUUGCUCUAAAUGGAGAAUCCAGUAGUAGAAAUGGUUAUAUGGAAAAUGGGAGAAUAUCGACUCCUAACAAAAAUAACAGUCUGGGCGUUGACGCUCGAACAUCGGGCAAAAAGAUAAGUUACAUGAGUGUGGAGAGUGCCAAAUCCAGCAGAGAUUCUGACAGUGAGGCAUACGACAGCAGGAGUAGUACCGGCCGCAAAACGUUGGGUCAGAUCAUAUACGAAGAUCCUAAUAAGACUGAAACUCGACGUAAGCGCAUCGCUUUACCUCCGCCUGUGCAUAUAGAUGUCAAUGAUUUACAAUAUGACAAAUUUGAGAAGAGUGAAGGGUCUAUUCAACAAAUACGAAUAGCAUUAAUGGACAAUGAUUUCCUUAAGAAUUUAAUGGACGAUGAUCGACUGCAUAUGGUAACUGAAGCAAUGAGUUCCCAGGAAUUUCCAGCCGGCAGCUUAAUAAUUCGGGAAGGAGAGAGCGGUAGCCAUCUUUACGUGUCUGCAGAUGGCCAGUUUGAAGUACUGAAAGGAGGUCAGGUGGUCAAGACCUUUGGAGCAGGAGUCGCGUUCGGCGAGUUGGCAAUUUUGUACAGAGCAAAACGCUUUGCCACUAUCAGGUGUAUUACGCACGCCACAGUAUGGACUCUGGAGAGGCGAAUCUUUCAAAAAAUUAUGGUGCGAAGUGGUCGGCAAGAGCAGGAUGACAACAUCCGGUUCCUGGCAUCAGUUCCGCUGCUGGAUGGUAUCCAUCAGUCAGAACUGGCUAAGAUAUCAGAAUGUCUCAAAAGGGAGUUCUUCUCAGCGGGAACACCCGUGGUGCGUCAAGGCGACCGAGGCGAUAAGUUCUACAUAAUCCGGGGCGGCACCGUAUUGGUGACGAAGCGGGAGGGCGACGACGGGGAGCGCCGCAUCGGCACCCUGCACCGCGGGGACUACUUCGGAGAGCAGGCCUUGCUGCACGAGGACCGACGACUGGCGACCGUCACAGCGCAGCCGCCGGGGGUCGAGUGUCUGACACUAGAUCGAACACAAUUUACUGAUUUACUCGGCGAUCUGGAUGUACUGAAGAAAAAGUACCCAGUGCCGCGACCGUCGCAACAGCGAAAAAAAUCUGAAAUAAAAAGCGAAUUUGAAUACGUGCAGCUGAAAGAUUUGGAGAUCCUGGGCACGCUGGGUGUGGGUGGGUUCGGGAGAGUAGAGUUGGUGCGGUAUAAGCCGAACAACAAUAUUACCUUCGCACUGAAAUGCCUCAAGAAAGUGGACAUGGUGCAACUGCAACAGCAGGAGAACGCUUACAAUGAAAAACAUAUCAUGAUGGACUGCAACAAUCCCUUCAUUUGCAAACUGUACCGCACAUUCAAAGACAACAAAUACGUAUAUUUCCUUAUGGAGCCAGUGCUGGGCGGUGACGUGUGGACUAUCCUGCAGAAGAGGAGGUUCUUCGCUGAGAACGUCGCGCGUUUCAUGAUGGCCUGCGUGGUGGAGGCCUUUCAGUACCUGCACUCCAAGGACAUCAUCUACAGAGACCUCAAGCCUGAGAACCUGAUGAUGGACCGAGAGGGAUAUAUCAAAUUGGUCGAUUUCGGUUUCGCGAAACGAGUAACUCCGAACAGUAAGACCUGGACGUUUGCUGGGACGCCCGAGUAUGUCGCUCCAGAAAUUGUACUUAACAAGGGUCAUGAUCGCGCUGUGGACUGCUGGGCCCUCGGCGUUUUUGUACAUGAGUUACUCGUCGGUCGACCUCCGUUCCGAGCCCCAGGGGGUGACCACAUGAAAACGUACACUCUCAUCCUGAGGGGAAUAGACGCAGUGUCAUUCCAUCCCAGGGUGUCGAACCUGGCGAAAGGGUUCAUUCGUAAACUAUGCCGUCCCGUGCCCGCCGAGCGACUCGGCUAUCUCAAGAAUGGUAUAGCAGAUAUUAAAAACCAUAAAUGGUUUGGAGGAUUCGACUGGAAUGGCUUGCGGGACAGGCGACUGAAGGCGCCAUUGAUACAACCUGUGGCCAACAACUGGGACCUUUCCAACUUCGAGACUUACCCUAACAAAGACAAACUCCCCCCGGACGAGACUUCCGGGUGGGACAUCGACUUCUAAAGUGAAACGCAGUGAACCGUAACCGGGUUUUUCCACUGGUGCUAUAAAUAGUACAUCAACUCAGUGAAACCACUUCCCAUUAGUUCGACAACUUAGUGCCGAACAAAGUUUAUAAUGAUGUUUUUGUAUUUGUGUUUUUAAACAACAAUUUUUAAACAAUUUUUUUUAUAUUCUUAUAUUUACCAGCUUUAUUAAUUGCCUUAUUGAAUUAGUAAAAUUUAACAUUGAAAUAAAUAUUUUCUGAUUUCA